AUGUCGCUGUCGCGCUCGCCGUCGCCUCAGCCGGGCGGCGGCUGGGCGAGCCCAGGGCUGACCGCGCCCUCGCCCUACAGUCCUCACGGCAGCGGCAGCGUCAGUCCGCGCAUCGGCGGCAGCUUCACAACAACCAACGGAAGCCACAAUGUUACCUGGGGGUCGGCGCAAGCCCGGAGCGACCAGGUGCGCGGCUACAACUCGCGCUUCAAUCCCCGCGGCGGUGGCUUCUUCUCGAGCCACCUGCGCAGGUUAUCACAGGGUCUUCCGUUUGCGAAUACCCCCAGCGGCGCGUACGCCGAGAAGGAGAAGCUUGAGCGCAACAAAUGGGCGCCGCGGAGGACAGGCACAUUGAGCGCCAUUCCAUCGUGGAUCGCUGGGCGGCUGCGCUUCAUGAAGUUUCGCUUCGCCUUGGUUUUGAUCGUCGUGCUCUUAUUUGCGCUCACCUACUUGCCUCCCUUCGACAAGAUCUACAACCAUGCGCUCGGCGGAGGAAACAAAUACGUGAUAAUACUGGCUGCGAACGUGGGCGGUGGUGUCAUGGAGUGGAAAGGGCCGCGCGAAUGGGCUAUUGAACGCGACAGCGUGAAGAAUAAGAAGAGGUACGCGCGCAGGUGGGGAUACGAGCUGGAGAUCGUCGAUAUGAGCACCAAGAAGCGUUAUGCGCAUGAAUGGCGCGAAAGCUGGGAGAAGGUUGACACCAUCCGAAACGCUAUGCGAAAGUAUCCCAAGGCAGAAUGGUUCUGGUGGCUCGAUCUCAACACCUUCAUCAUGGAGCCCUCGUAUUCGCUGCAACAGCACAUCUUCGCCGAUCUGCAAGCAAGCACCUACCGCGACAUCAACGAAUACAAUCCUCUUAACAUUUCACACCCGUUGACACAGGAGUGGCUCGACCCUCUCUCGCUCUCCGCCGAGGGUGACGGUAAACCUGAAUCCAUCAACCUUCUUGUGCCGCAGGAUUGCGGUGGCUUCAACCUCGGCUCCUUCUUCGUCCGCCGUAGCGCAUGGACUGAUCGACUCAUGGAUCUUUGGUGGGACCCGGUACACUACGAACAAAAACAUAUGCAGUGGGAGCAUAAAGAGCAGGAUGCGCUGGAAUAUCUGUACGAGAAUCAGCCGUGGGUGCGGUCCAAUAUGGCUUUCAUUCACCAGCGCAAGGUCAACGCCUUUCCACCAGGCGCUUGCUCCGAUAACGGCAUCGACCCUCGCAUCCAUUAUAGCGAGCAAGAUCGGGACUUUCUCGUCAACAUGGCUGGUUGCGAGUGGGGCCGCGACUGCUGGGCAGAAAUGUACUCUUACCGCGAACUGAGCAAGCGUCUCAAUGCCGGUUGGUGGGAUGGCGUCAAGGCUUGGAUGACAGGAGAGGUUGGCCGAUUCCGCCGUGGUAAAGACACCGAUCCGGCGGAUCAGAUGGUGCUGCAGCAACAAGAAGAAGAAGAGGCGGAAAGAGCGAAGCAGCAGCAGCAGCAGCAGCAGCAGCAGCAGCAGCAGCAGAAACAAGAUGACCGAAAUGAGAAGAAUGAGCAGGCGUAG